UUGGGUCAUGCCCCUCCCCUCUGUUGCUGGGAGCUCCCUAGGAAAGGAACAUUGUCCAGAUCAGGAGGGACUCUCCUACAAGGCCUCCAUCCUCUGCCCCUCUCCCUACCUGUUGAGACCGUCAUCCAGCACUGGCCCUGGCUGACACUUCUCUGGACAGAUGGAUGGAGACAUGAGGAAACCAGUUUGAUUUGGACGAAGGUUUCACAGGCUGCCCAGAGCCUCCUCCCGCAUUGUGCAGUGUCCUCUGAGAACGUAAUUGAUGGUGUUAAGUGAUGCGGUGGUCUGAAAAAGGCAUCAGAUUCAUCUGGAAGUGGAGUUACAGAUGGUUGGGAGCUACCAUGUGGAUGCUGGGAGUUGAACCUGGAUCUUCUGCAAGAUCAACAAGAGCUGCUAAAACACCUGUCUAGUCCCCACCACAACCACCACGUAUCUUUGGCUAUCAGUUUCAGAGCACUUCUUUAGGGUGGGGAACAAGCCUAUUGGAGAGUCCACACAGCUGUCAUCUGGGAAACCUGACUCAGUGCUGACUUCAUCAGUGGAGAAGGACUAGGUCUCUUUUCAGGGAAGGAAGGUGGACGCAGAAAGGGCUGAACCAGCAAGGCAAAGCAAAUGACAGCUACUCAGAAACACAGCCUCUUCACUCCAGAACCCCACUACAUCCCUGGGAGUGGUAUCUCCCCUGCUUCUCUCCACAGCUAUGCUGGUUUCUAUCCUCAACUGCGCUACCAGGUGGGGAACACCUAUGGCCGCACUACUGCACAGCUGCUCACAGACCCCAGCGUACAGAAGAGCCCCUGCUCUGUUCUGUCACCUAUGUCCAAGCCCAGGUUCAUCGAGGACUUCAGCAAAUCUAAGUCCCCAUGGAUUCCCUGCAAGGACCUGACAGAGCCUUACAUCCCCCACUAUACCAGUCUGAAACCCUACAAGAAUUUUGAGAUCCUGGGCCAGCUCCCACGCCAGGAGAUGGACACCCAGGGGCCGCCCCAGGUAGAGAACAUAUCCAGACAGGUUUCAAUGCCUGCAGGCUUCAUGCCUUAUCCUCCCUACCCACCAUUCCCUCCAGGGAGGAAGGGAGAGGCUAAAGACCUGGGGCACCCAGGUCUAUUGCUAGCAUAUGGGGAAGAGGCCUGGAAGAACGCAGCACCUCUUCAGGAGACCCCAGGGAGGUACCAGCUCUACCACUGCAGGAGGGACGAGUACCUGCCUUCACACCCCCCGCAGGAGACACUAGAUGUGGGCAGGUUCCAGCGACUACCCCAGCUAGACCACCCCAACCUAAUCCAACGCAAGGCCAUCUCAGGCUAUGCUGGCUUUGUCCCCCGGUUUGCCUGGGUGAUGGGGAUGAAUUACCGUGAUGGAGUCACACAAGCUAUGGAUGACUUUGACAAGAACCAGUUCAUAUUCAGACACCCAGUCUGUGCUCUGGGGGAAAGGCUGCCCAAGACCCACUGGCCAAGCACCACCAUCUACAGAAGUCAAGGCCUGAUUCCCUUCUACAUGGGCUUCAUCCCAUCCAUGCAGGACAACUACGCACUGACAUUCGGUAACAGCACCCGCAAGGCCUAUCAGAAGGAACUGGAGAGGCGAAGCCACACACUAUGAAUUGCUUUAAUGGUGGUAUCUGUACAAGUGAUGUCAGGACAGGACAGCAAAUGCACAGUGGACAUGGCUAGCAGACAAGCUGUGAAUGAAUAAAGAGUUCACACUGC